CUGGUGGUCAUUGCAUAUGAUGAUGGAGAUCCUGUGAAGUUCAACACCACUAUUGUAGAAAUUGCUGUAUUGCAACCCUCAGUAAUUCCACGGUUUACCCAGGAUGAAUACAGACCCCCGCCAGUGAGUGAAGGUGCACCCAAGGGAACUCUGAUUGCUGUUGUAACUGCUGCUGCCUUGAAUCAGACCAUUAUAUAUUCAAUUGUUUCAGGAAAUGAAGAUGAUGUUUUCGCCAUCAAUAACAGAACAGGUGUUAUCUUCAUUAAAAAGCCUCUUGACUACGAAAGUGUGAAAAGCUAUAAACUUCGGGUACAAGCAGACUCCCUACAAGUGGUUCGAUCUAAUCUACGUGUCCCUUCCAAAAGUAACACAGCCAAGGUGUUUAUUGAAGUGGAGGAUGAAAAUGAUCAUGCUCCUGUCUUUACCAAAAAACUGUACAUUGGAGGAGUGUCUGAAGAUGCUAAAAUGUUUUCUUCUGUGCUGAAAGUUAAGGCUGAUGAUAAAGACACUGGCAAUUACAGCGCCAUGCAGUACAGGCUCAUCAUACCUCCAAUCAAGGAUGGUAAAGAAGGAUUUGUGAUUGAAGCCUAUGCAGGGCUUAUAAAAACUGCUAUGCUGUUCAAAAACAUGAGAAGGUCCUAUUUCAAGUUUCAGGUCAUUGCAACUGAUAAUUACGGAAAAGGACUGAGCAGCAAAUCAGAAGUACUUGUUUCUGUGGUCAAUCAGUUGGAUAUGCAAGUCAUCGUUUCUAAUGUUCCUCCCACUCUUGUGGAACAAAACAAAGAUCAACUUAUAGGGAUUUUGGAACGCUAUGUUCAAGAUCAGAUUCCUGGUGCAACAGUUGUGGUGGAGUCCAUUGGUGCCCGCAGAUUUGGAGAUGGCUAUUCAGAAGAAGAUUAUUCCAAAUCUGACUUGAUGGUCUAUGCAAUUGACCCUCAAACAAAUCGAGCAAUAAUGAGAAAUGAACUUUUUAAGUUCUUGGAUGGAAAAUUGCUGGAUAUCAAUAAAGAAUUUCAGCCAUACCUUGGGCAAGGAGGGCGUAUUCUGGAAAUCCGUACCCCAGAUGUGGUGGCCAAUGUUAAGAAGCAGGCACAAGCUGUAGGCUACACAGAAGGGGCAUUGCUUGCUCUGGCCGUCAUAAUCAUCCUUUGCUGCAUGCCUGCUAUUUUAAUAGUGAUGGUCAGCUACAAACAAUUUAAAGAGCGGCAAGCUGAAUGUGCAAAGACAGCAAGAAUCCAGAUGGCCUUACCAGCCGGCAAACCAUCAAGUAGUGCUGCCAAUAAUCUCUAUGAAGAACUAGGUGAUAGCACUAUGCGAGGAUAUGCACAGCAAGAGCAAUUGUUGAGACCCUCUCUUCUCAGACCAGAGGAAUUAUCUAUGGAAUCCGGAAUUGAUCCUGGCCAAGAGUUCUAUGGGCAAGAUUACUACAGUUAUGAACAUGGGUAUGAGUUGCCUCAAUAUGGGAGUCGGCGUCGAUUGUUAUCUCCAACUGGAAUGUAUGAUGAGUAUGGUGAAGUGGUUGUGGAAAAUGAUGGCAGCUAUUACUACAGUCCUCAUGCAUCCACAGCUGAAGGAGAAGGAAUGAGUCCAGGCAAAGGUCCUGCAGGCAGAACUGUAAUCCAGAGAGCAGGGGAUCAAAUAGAAGGGAGUGCUUUAGGUGGUGGGAUGGAGCUAAGAGGUGGUCCUCAAAGAGAAUAUAGGACCAUCCAGGGAAAAAGAAAACUAAAAGCAGUAAUGCAGUUGAGUCGAAUAGCCGUAAAUUCCAACAAACGAGAAGGAACAACUGAGUCUGCUCAUUCUCCAUGGAAGAAAGCAAAGAUAUUCCCAAUGAUUCUGCAGAAAGUAAAAAGCAGUAGCAAAGAUUCCAAUUAUGCCAAGCUGAUGUCAUCUCGCCCAGUAGACAGUGAAGACAGCAUGAUUAUCAAAGGAAAUUAUUUCCAAAAAUCAGCAGAUGAUAGGCCUUCAACAACCAGAAGACUAAGUCAUGUGCUGAAACGCAUUAGUGUUUCCAAAAAAUUUCAAAAGCAUUGCAAAUCUCAGAGCUCUGUCAGCAAAAGUUCACUAUCUGCAAGUGAAAAAGGAGAUGAAGACUCUGAAAGUCAGAGGGUGAGUGAAUCUGAAAGAGAUGAAACAAAAUCAGGAAUUUCAAUAAAUAUCACAGCAGAAAGUGAGCCAGAGGAUAGUGAUGUUUCUUAUGACUAUGAUAAGAAGAAAAAAAUAAAACCUACUGCUUCAGAUGAUGAAUCAUCAACAAAGAGUAGUAUAUCUGCUUCUCAGACAGAUGAUAAAGACUAUUUGAAAGUGACACUGGACCAAGAUGAAACCAAUGAAAGUACUGUGGACUCUGAUGAAGAGAAUGAGAAAGAUUUACAGGAUUCAGAAGAUGAUCCUUCUGUAUCCAAAUCAGAUAAUGAACAGGAUGAAUCAGAAGAUGACGCAUCUGAGCACUCUGAAGAGGUAGAAGAUGAGGAAGAGUCCAAAAGUGUCCUUUCUCAAGUUUCUGCUUCUCAGAAAAAACUCUCUGACAGUGAUGAAGAUGACUUGCAGUCAAAGGUAUCCUCAAAUCAGAGUUCCUAUAACAGAUCUGAGUAUAGUGAUUCCAGUAGUAGAAGAGUUAGUGAAAGAACUGAUCUGUCAAGAAAGGGAAGUAAAUCCAGUGGAGGAACAAGGGAUUCCAGUGACAGGUCAGAAGUAAUGAAUUCUGAUAGUGAAGUUAGCUCUCAGGGAUCAGUUAGUGAAAGAAACAAAAGCUCUGGAAACAGUUCUGGAUCCAGCUACAAGAACAAACUGUCCCUACUUAGCACUGAAAUAGAAGACACAAUAGAGGAGAUAUCAGAAGAAGAUGACAAAUCAGAUGUGGAACAAGAUGAUACAAGUCCUGAUGAGGCAGGUGACAAUAUAAGUAAUAGGACUAUGUCUGAAACAUCUUCCAUCACUCAAAAAACUACUUCCAGUAAACAGAGCAACAGAAGAAAAUCAGAUAUUAGUGAUGGAGGUAGCAUGGCUGAAAGCACAGAAGAGAUUGAUACAGACACUAAAGAUAGGGAGGAAACACUCAGUGGGAGUGUAUCAAAAAGCCUUGAAAGUGAAAAUAGUGUUACAUCCAAAGGCAGUAGAGGGACAAAGAGUUCUGUAAGUGAGACUUUUUCUAGUAAAACGGAUGCUUCCCAAGAUUCUGAUUUUCAAAGUUCUGAUUCCAAUAUGAAAAGAAAAAAUCUGAGAAAAAAGACCUCAAAACACAGCGAACUUCAGUCAGAGGAGACUCCUGAUACUACUGCAUCUGAGUCAGAGGCUGCUGCUGACUCCACAUCCUUUUAAAAAAAGAGAACAGUAGGUGCCCAUUUUAUAGUAAGGAAUGGUCUUGUUUGCUGUGCCCUCUGUGUGGUCUUUCAGGAACACUACAGAUUUGAUUAAAACUUUAGAAACAAAAUGAAAACAUAUCAUCCUCUCUAGAUACUUCAAUUCCACUGAAAGCUAUGCAGAUACCAUUUCUCAAGUAAAAAUACUCAGAUGUAAUUCUUGGUGUGUAUUAUAUAUUGAUAGAAUUUUAACACAAAGGUACUAACAGGAUGGGAUGCACUUUUAUUGCCUGGAUAAACUUUAGCCCUCUGAUUAAAAAGGCGUUUUAUUAGCAGUCCUUUAAUUUACUCCCUUUUUACUGUGCUAGUCAUGGUACAAAGUACUAUUGCAUAUUACAUUAGCAGUAAUGGCUAGCUUGUCACAAAAUUAUGCAUAUAGUAGGCAAUCCAUAUUAUAAUUGAUAUUGUACUUCUGAUAGGCAGUUGCCACAAUAAAAAGUAAGAAUUAUUAUAAAGAUAAUCAGCAUUUAGCACUUAUAUAAUACUUCUCUACAUGUUCAAUUCCAUAUAUGUUUAUUCUUUUUUGUAAUAAUCCCUUGAAUGUGGAUAUUGUCAUUUCCAUUUUACGGUAGGGAAGACUGAGUCAGAGGAAGUGACUUACUCUCUGCAUUCUUGGGCAUCAGAGGCAGAGCCAAGAUUAGAAUUCCUGAUCUCUGUGUUCAUUCUUGUAGACUCUAGAUCAUUCUAUGUGUCAAAAUGGCAAAGCUUUGGGGAUUUGAGGAUAUCAAAUAAUUCAUGGAGCACAUUUUGUACUCCUGCACCAAAAAAAACCCAAUUUCUGAUCCCCCCAAAAUUAAUCAUUAUGCAUACCGUAUUUUAAAAUUCUGCAAAUUUUAUUUGUGAAUAAAUGUAGCUCCAGCAUGGCAGUGGGGAUCGCAGGCCGCUGGCUGCACUGAGGAGGGAGAUCAUGCUUAAGUUCUCCACUUCCCCCAAUACAGAGACUCAGCAGUGAGGUUGCAUCUCACCCUGGUACAAUGCAAAGGUUGGGCCUGGCCCAGAAAUACUCUGGGGCCUUGCCCAUCUGAGUCAGGUGCACCAGGUAGGCAGGCCUAGCCCAGAAGGAUCCAGAGGCUUUGUGUUUCUAUGUGGCAGGCAGCUCAGUGGAAGAUCUGGAUGAACAGGGGCUCAUUAGGAGUUCCGUGUGCAGGGGCAUUGAGACUUCACAGGGGACCCAGAAGAAGAUGGUUGGGGCUCAG